AUGCUGUCGACGGAGUUGUCCGAAGCUCAAGUGUCGGCGUUGAGAGCUAAUAAAGAUCGUCUGGCAAAAGACCUCCAUCACAGCUGCCAGUGGGGCCCUGGGAUCCGCUGGGGAGAUGGGCCAACCGACACAGGCAUGCAGCGUCUGGCACUAUCAGAGGAAGACAAAAAAGUGCGGGAUUGGUUCGUUGAAACAACCAAGGCAUUAAAAUGCAAUGUCACAGUAGAUGAGAUGGGAAAUAUUUUUGCUGUUCGCCCUGGACGACGCAAGGAUGUACCUGCUGUAUUCAUUGGUAGUCAUCUAGACACGCAACCAACAGGUGGUCGCUACGAUGGGAUACUGGGCGUUCUCUCCGGUAUUGAGGCUUUGAAGGUGAUGGAUGAGAUGGGACUGGAAACGGAAGGGGGUGUCGGGGUUGUAAACUGGACUAACGAGGAGGGCGCCCGCUUCCCCAUCAGUAUGGUCUCCUCUGGCGUAUGGGCUGAGUGCAUACCUCUUGAGCGAGCCCAUAACCUCAGAGAAGUUCCAACAGUGGCGUCUCUUCCCACUGCGUCAUCGGCGCCAGAAUCGAUGAAAACAGCUCUCGAAAAGAUAAACUACCUAGGGAGUGUACCGUGCUCGUACAAGGCAACUCCGAUGGCAGCUCACUUCGAAGUGCAUAUCGAACAGGGGCCUCAUCUUGUAUCGGCAAACCAACGAGUCGGUGUCGUCACCGCCGUUCAAGCAUACCGCUGGUAUCGCGUCAAUAUCACCGGCAGAGACACCCACACCGGUACGACGGCAUUCGAACACCGCGCAGAUGCUCUGUAUGCCUUUGCUCGCAUGAUGGUGCGAGCCCGGGAAGUCGCUUCUUCUCACAGUUGCCUGGCUAGUGUUGGCAUCGUAGAAGCCAAGCCUGGUAGUGUGAAUACCGUACCCGGGCUUGUCAGCUUCAUGCUCGACAUCCGCGGGCCGGAAGACGACUUGGUCAAGGCCACUGAAUCGCAAUUGAAACAGGAAUUUGACGCAAUUGCAGCAGAUGAAGGAAAGGGUAUCGGCAAGCCCUGUCGCGUUGAAUGGAGUCUAGAUUUCGACUCACCGGCAGUGAAAUUCCACCCAGACUGCAUUGCCUGCGUACAAGAGUCCGCAGAGGCUGUCGUCGCCGAUGCAUCUGAGCCCAAGUCCCUUGUGCGGACAAUCAUGAGCGGUGCAGGCCAUGACAGUGUCUUCGCAUCCAAAAGAGUUCCCACCAGUAUGGUCUUCGUGCCGUGUAAGGAUGGGUUAAGCCAUCAUCCGGAGGAGUACUGCUCUACUGAAGAUUGCGCCACCGGUGCGUCCGUCAUUUUACAAGCAGUGAUCCGGUACGACCGGAAGAGAUUCUCUGCGUAA